UAUUUUUUUCAGUUACUAUUUCAAUACUGGCAAUGAUUUCUUAUUCAGGUUUGCGAUUUUUCAUCGUGAUCGUCCGCAGCAUCAUUCGUGGGUAAAUGGUCUGGAACUUAACAGAAUCGUUGCUGGAAAAGUGCAGGAGCUGAAAAGCAAUCGUGCACAAUCGGGCGGGUGCCCGACCUUAAUGCGUUCGCUAGCGGCAUGGUCGUUGUGGGUCGGAAUCUUCGGCAUAUUUUUUGCCAUUGCUAUGAUUUCUACGUUUAUCCCAUCGAUCCUGUCUUGUCAGGAAGUUUUCAUGGUUGAUUAUCUUGGUGUCUACGCCAUCCUGCCAUUCACGCUGGUGGUGUGUCUUAACAAUGUGUAUUUUCUGAUGUUGUCGCUGGCACCGUUUGGAUUGUGCGUGAGUGGAGUGCUGCGCAGUUUAUGCUUGGUUGGACGUGCUUACACUCAACACAUCACGGCUUAUAUGGGACGAGCCUCCAACUGGGCAGCGACUUCAUGGGAUCCACUGAUAUCGUCGAAAAUGCGAAAUUUGCAGCCGAUCGACUUCAGUCAAGACGAAUGUGGCCUGUAUGAACUGCGCCUUAUUGACCCAAACAGGAAAUGA